AUGGCGCCAACAAAUUCCUCGCAGCGAUCCUCUUCAAAGAGAAGAUUAAUGCGGCAAAAACAAUGCCGUCGCAAAUCCAACUUGAUGAAGAAAGCAUGUGAAUAUAGUAGGAUGUGUGAAGCAGACGUCUGCUUGGGAAUACGACUACGGGAGACGGGUCAGGUGUUCAUCCUAUCAGCGGACGCAUCAGGAUUUUGGGGCUUUCUUGGGUCACAACUAAAUUCCUACUACCCUGCACCUUAG